UCCCAACAGAACGACUCCUGUCUGCCUCCCUGCCUCUGACCAUGGCCUGCUGGCAUCUGGCCCUCCUUCUGACUGGGGCCCUCCUGUCCGGUGAGCUCCCCCUAGGCCUGGCUCACCUGGGGCGAGUCUCUCAGCCAGGCUUGGCCCAGCCGGAAGCACUGCUGGUCUUCCCAGGCCAAGUGGCCCAACUCUCCUGCAUGCUCAGCCCCCGCCAUGCCACCGUCGGAGAGUACGGCGUAUCUUGGUAUCAGCAACGGGCAGGCAGUGCCCCCCGAUACCUCCUCUACUACCGCUCAGAGGACGACUGCCACAGGCCCCCUGACAUCCCUGAACGCUUCUCGGCAGCCACAGACGCCGCCCACAAUGCCUGCAUCCUGACCAUCAGCCCUGUGCAGCCUGAGGACGAUGCAGAUUAUUACUGCUCUGUGGGUUACACAUCCUAAGGGUGGAGUGUGGGAUGAGUGCCUCUCGUCUGCCUCUCAUUUCCGCACUCUGACCUUGGGCCCCCCUCUUUCUCCAAACCUUGAUUUUUCUCCUCUGUAAAUUGGGUUAAUAAUAUUAAACAUGUAAAAAAAAUAAUA